CAAAAUACGCCCACCGUCUACCGAAGAUACGCCCGUGUAACGAACAUCCGAUGCAGUCGACGGUGAACAUCUCGUUGAAGACAGUCAAUUGCAGCGUCCGGCAGGAGAUGCUAUUAUAAAACUUCGUCGACUUCAUAUUUUCGUUGCGAUGGCUACGAGAUCGCAGUGGCUGUUGUUAACUUGUCUAGGGCUCUGUGCAGCAUGGAUGGACGAAAGACCCGUGCUGGAGUCCAGGGAUGGAAAUCUGAUCAUUUCCGCGGCGAAGGAUAGGAACAUCACCCUGAAGAUCCUCGGGGACGGUUACGUGAACGUGAACGAAAUUAAUCUGCUUCACAUCGCGACUACGGCACAAAGCGCCACGCGUUUGAUCGAGAGAUGGAGAACUGGAUAUAUGGCCGAGCUGGAAUCGAACUUGCAACGAUUGACGCAGAUCGUGGAAGGACCGGAUGGUUUGGAGAGAAGGAUAGCCACGCUGAAGGGAUUCGGCGAAGCAAAUAGCACGGGCACCACGUCCACCAAUCAGUCUGCUCCAGGUGUCACCAUGAAAAUUCGUAUGCUGGUGAAUCGGGUGCGUCGAGUGGAGGACAAAGUGAAAUCGAUAGAACAGAAGCUGAAGGUUAACGACUGCACCAGCAAUCCUUGUUUGAACGGUGGCACGUGUCAGGAUCUCUACGAGGGAUAUCAGUGCAAUUGUCCUUCCAACUGGGAGGGACCGAACUGCAUGGUCGACGUGAACGAGUGCGUACGACUGCUAGGAACGGACCUUGGCUGCCAGAAUGGAGCCACCUGUUUAAAUCUUCCAGGAUCAUACAGAUGCGAGUGCGCCUCCGGAUGGUACGGUCUUCACUGUACGAAAAAAACUUCCAUAUGCAAUACGCAGAACUCCGACGAGCUGUGCGGCCAUGGCGUCUGCGUGAGCAAACCCGGUUCUCUGCUCGGUUACACUUGCAUUUGUGAUCAAGGUUGGGAGGCUGACGGUGCUAAUCCAGCCUGCGUCAAGGACGUCGACGAGUGCGCAUCGAAUCAUCGACCAUGUUCCGUAAAUCCCUGGGUCGCGUGUCGCAACGCACCAGGAACCUUCUUCUGCGACUCCUGUCCUCGAGGUUACAGCGGAAAUGGAUACUACUGUGCGGACAUCGACGAGUGCGCGACAGACAACGGUGGCUGCAGCAAGUCGCCUUUCGUUCAAUGUAUCAAUACGAUGGGUUCGAGGACGUGUGGUCCGUGUCCAACGGGAUACCGCGGCGAUGGCAUAACCUGCGUUUAUGUCGGAAGCUGCGCCAUCAACAACGGCGGUUGUUACCCAUUGGCCAAGUGUAUCGAAAACGCUGCACUCACGAGCUCUUACGUGUUAUGUCGCUGUCCCAGCGGCAUGGUGGGCGAUGGAAUUGGUCCGAACGGGUGUCAACCAUCGACGGAUGUAGCCGUUCACACAGCUUGCCUCAGCAAUCCUUGUAUACAUGGCAGAUGCGUUGCCGAUGGUCGAUCCUUCACCUGCGUGUGCAAUCCUGGAUUCACCGGUCCGACAUGCAGCGCUCAAGUAGAGCCCUGCAAUCCGAACCCUUGCAAGAACAGCGGUGUCUGCGUGUUCUCAAGCGGCGUAGUCACUUGUGACUGUCCGUCCACCUACACUGGCAGUAGGUGCGAAACACCGCGGCAAGCCUGCGGAGGUUUAUCUCGAAAUCCCAUAGGCCACUUGGAGUUCCCGGUUGGCGGACAUGUUUAUCAGCACGGACUGAGCUGCGCCUGGGUGCUGGUCACCAAUUACACGCAAGUCCUGAACGUCACGUUCACGAAAUUCAACCUGGAACAAUCGACCGACUGCAAGUUCGAUUUCCUGCAGAUACACGACGGUAGAAAUGCCGGCAGUCAGAUGAUCGGCAGAUUUUGCGGCAAUACUUUCCCCCAUGGCAACGGGAACAUAGUGUCUUCCCACAACACUUUGUACUUCUGGUUCCAUUCGGAUAACAGCAUCUCUCACGACGGAUUCGCUUUUCACUGGAACAGCAUUCCGCCCAUUUGCGGUGGCACACUUACGCAAGAUUACGGGACUAUAAGCUCUCCCGGCUCUCCGGGGCGAUAUCCACCAAAUAGGGAUUGCUAUUGGAACAUCCGGGUUCGACCAUCCAAGAGAAUACAGAUUCAUUUUGGUCAGCUAAUGCUCGAGGAACAUCCGACAUGCGGAAACGAUUAUCUGCAGAUAAGCACUAUACACAGAGAAACACUAGGAAUUUAUUGCAAUCACACUCAUCCUCCUCCUCUCGUGGUACCCGCUUCGGAGGCUGUCAUCUACUUCCACUCAGACAGCGCUGGUCAGGACGCUGGCUUUCAAAUUCACUACUCCGCCAUCGAAGGCAUACCCGGGUGCAACAACGUGUACACCACUCGUACCGGAACGAUUAGCAACCCGCCGAUUCUGGACGCGUACACGGAAGUAGAGUGCGAAUGGAAGAUACAACUGCCCGUUCACGACCAUGUGAAGAUAAUCUGGUCCAAGUUCCACCUGUCUGAAUCCACCGGUUGUCAAUCGGAAUUCGUCGAGAUAUUCGACGGAGAUACCAGCGAGUCUGGUCUGAUAGGAAGAUACUGUGGCUCGACCUUACCUCCAACUAUCAAUUCAAACUCGAACGUGUUGCUAAUUGUCUUCAAGUCCUCCUCAUCGGGUCCGAAAGGCGAAUUCGCCUUAUCUUACACUACUUACUGCGGCGGUGUGUUCACCGAGACAACUGGUCUGUUGCAAUCGCCGAUGUACCCAGAGUUGUACAACGGUACCGAGUGGUGUCAUUACUUGAUAGAACAACCACCCACGAACAGGAUCGCGUUGAAUCUGUUAGACGUGAGUCUACAAGGAUUGAGGGUAGGAUGUACGAUGUCUAUCCACGAUGGUAUGGAUGAAAACGCUUCGCGUUUGGACAAUUUUGACUUGGUCGUACCCAAAGCCAGUAACCGUCCAUUUUAUUCGACGCACAAUUACAUGUUCGUGAAAUUCACUUCUUGGACUUGUUUGGACGGAAGCCGGUUUCUGGCCAAUUACACCACCAUUCCGAGCAAGUGCGGAGGGGUGUAUACCGCGAACAGCGGAACGAUUCAGACACCUACCAAAAAUGACCACUACGAGAACGACCAGGAUUGCAUUUGGACGUUGAUAGCACCGGUAGGAUACGCGGUGCAGCUCACUUGGAUGACGUUCUCUGUGGAACAGAAUAUUCGUUGCCGACACGACUACGUCAAAGUUUACGAGAACUACUUGUCACCUGACAAGGAGCUGAUAGGCACAUUCUGUGGUGCGACGAAACCACCUGUAACGAUGUCGCAAGGGAACACGAUGACCGUCGUUUUCCAUUCGGACUCCUCCAUCACUCGAGAAGGAUUUGUCGCGAUAUACAUGUUCAUCGACACGUCCAAGGUCUGCGGAGGUCGUUUCAUUAAAUUAAACGGCGCGAUCAGAUCACCGAAUUAUCCUAAAAAGUACCCGGACAAGAAGGAGUGCGUGUGGAUAAUCGAAGCGCCGAAUAAGCAGAGGGUUAUUCUCAACAUCAAGCAUUUCGAUCUGGAACCACACAGUGACUGUCGCUUCGACUACUUGGAAAUCAGGAACGGCGGCUACGAAAUAUCGCCGUUGAUCGGCAAAUUCUGCGGCAAAGUCAUCCCGACGGAAAUUAUAAGCGAAACCAAUCAAGUGUACUUGAAAUUCGUGGCCGAUCGAUCGAGAUCGUACGGCGGCUUCGAUAUCGAGUGGGACAGCACGACCGUAGGUUGCGGUGGAAAUCUGAAUGCCGCGAAUGGCGAUAUCAUGUCCCCGAAUUACCCUCAGCCGUACUCGCAGCAAGCGGAUUGUAAGUGGAGAAUAGCGGUGGCAGCGGGCAGCGUGGUACGAUUGAUAAUAGUCGACCUGCAGCUCGAACAUCACGACAAGUGCAGAUUCGACUACAUCGAAAUUUCUGAGGGCAUCGAUCACAGGUCCAUGCAGAGAUACUGCAGCAACUCUCACCCGAAGGUCAUCGAGACCAAAUCCAACAUAGUCAACAUAAGGUUCCGCAGCGACUUCACCAAUUCCGGACGCGGUUUCCACCUCAAAUACGAAACACUGUGUCAGGUCACUAUCCACGACUUCUACGGCGUAAUAGAGUCGCCAAACUUCCCGCAAAGGUACGAGGAUAAUUUGAACUGCAGUUGGACCAUCGACGCACCUAUCGGGAACAGAAUCAACCUGACAUUCUCUCAUUUCGACCUGGAAGGAACCGACCUGGACGACACGUGCCAGUACGAUUACGUGGAAGUGAUGGAGGGCGAGUUUGAUACUCCCGAAACACAGUUGGCCAAGAUUUGCGGCAGCGAUCGUAUACCACCGAAAAUUCACUCGUCUCAGCAUCAAGUGUUCGUGACGUUCGUAACCGACUCUUUCCUGGGUUUCAACGGUUUCCGGUUGGAGUGGUUAGUCGACGGCUGCGGUGGACAUCUGACGAGGCCCUUCGACUCCUUCACGUCACCUGGUUAUCCAUCCGCCUACCCCAUGGACGUCGAUUGCGAGUGGCUGAUAGAGAUCGAUCACUCGCACAGCAUCGAACUGACUAUUCACGAUAUCUUCACAGAGAAGCAAAAGGGUUGUUACUUCGACAAGCUCUCCAUCUACGGUGGCAAGGACGAGACCGCGCCCGAAUUGGUCCAGAUCUGCUACUCCGAGAAGCCGCUAGUGUACACCAGCUUCGGGAAUAAAAUGUUCUUGAAAUUCCACUCGGACGUGACGUACGCUGCCCGCGGUUUCAACGCCAGCUACAGAAGCGUACCAAUCACUUGCGGCGGUAAAUUCACCACCGACACGGGGGUCAUAUUCUCCCCCAAUUAUCCGCAGAAUUAUCCGCACAAACUGAACUGCGAGUGGUUGAUUCAAGUGGACAAGAAUUACGUGGUUAGAGUCACCUUCGAGGACUUCGACGUGGAGGACAGCAAAAAUUGCACCGACGAUUACGUCGCGGUAUACGAUGGAGCAACGAGAGACUCACCGUUAUUAGGUACCCACUGUCGGCACGAAGAAAUACCUUCUUACAGGUCAACCAGCAAUGAGAUGUUGGUAGUGAUGAGGACCGACAGUUUGCUAUCCGCAAAAGGGUUCAAAGCUGAAUAUAGCAAAGCUUGCGGUGCUCGAAUUGUCGUGGAGGAUCAAGGAUAUCUGAGACCUGUAGGAAGCUACACCGGCGCCACAUCUGAAGAUCUGUCUAACUGCACGUGGAUAAUAAGUGCUGCGGAUCUUGCUGAUCACGUCACCUUAACGUUCACGCACAUGGAUAUCGACCUCGACUACUUCGAAGAUGAUUGCACUUGGGAUUACAUCGAGGUGUUCGAGGGAGAGGGACUGGAUGGUCCUUCGCUGGGCAAAUGGUGCAGUAACGCUGUACCGUUGCCGAUAACCAGUACAGGAAACGCGCUCACUGUGCAUUUGUACUCGAAUUACGACUUCCCCGGACACUUUGCGCUCACCUAUUCGGUCUUAAAUUCAGCGUGUGGUGGCACAUACACGUCGUCCGAAGGAAAAAUCGCCUCUCCAGGAUGGCCGCAGCCUUAUCCAUUACACGCCGAAUGCAUAUGGAUAAUAAAUAACUCCCCCGGGAACAAGCUUAGCCUGACUUUCUCCGAGUUCGAGCUGCAACAGAGCGAGAACUGCGAUCUCGAUUAUUUAGAGAUCCGAGAGGACAACGGGAUCGGUAAACUGAUAAGCACAUCCUGUGGGACCAGCAUCGAGCCGGUUCAAUCCUUGUCCAAAUUGUGGAUCAAGUUCAAGAGCGACGGUGACCAAGUGGCAAAGGGUUUCGUGGCUGAGUAUGCUCUGACGGGUGGGAGCGAACUUACAGGUCCCACGGGACAAAUUACAUCGCCUCUGUACCCGUUGCCGUACAGGAAAAGGGAGUCCGUUUGGUGGCGAGUCAAUGUCGAGUUUGGUUGGAUCAUUCAACUUGAGAUUACGAGCCUGUUCAUAGAGACCACCGACCUAUCGUGCUUUUCUUAUCUUAGGAUAUACGACGGUUACGACAACGAAGCGCCAGUUCUACUGGAAGUCUGCGGCCACGAUAUUCCAGAGCCAGUCACCACCAACAGUAACGUCGCCUACGUGGAGCUGUCGGUCGAUAUUUUCCGUCACGGUAGCUGGUUCGCGCUCAACUGGAUCCAGAUACCGAGAGACAGCGUGCUUGUCAAGAACGAGGAUACCGAACUGUCAAAAUGCAGCAAGGAGGUGGGAUUAAACAGCAAAUUCAGCAGUACUUACGACUUCAAGUCGCCCGGUUGGCCGGAUGGCUAUGAAGCCAAUCUCCGAUGUAGCUGGUUGUUUACCUCUCCACCUGGAACACAUUUGGUCCUGAGGAUACUCGCGAUGGAUUUGGAAGAGUCCAGCAACUGCAUGGCCGACUAUCUGUUGGUUUACUCGGGCAACGCUUUGACGACCCCCAAUAACGCCGAACUGCUGGAACGACUGUGUCUCUCGAACUCCACGUCGAGCGCGGUAGUAGCCGGCAACGUAAUGACUGUGAAAUUCGAAUCGGAUAGCUAUUUGAAUAAAACCGGCUUCAGCGCGUACGUCUAUCGAGAUUGCGGUGGCAAGUUGCAAGGACCGAACGGAGAGAUCGAAAUGAAAAAUACGACUUCGGUGAGAACGUCGCGUAGCUGGCAAUUCUCGUGCGAGUGGACCGUCGAAGUGAGACCUGGACGAACGAUCGAAGUGAAGGUCGAGGAGAUGUCGAUACAACAAGGACCUAGCUGGACCUGCACCAACAACUACCUAAUGCUGAAGAAUGGCGCCGAUGUGCACUCUCCUUUACUGGGCGCCGGGAAAUAUUGCGGCGAAGUAACGCCUGCUCCUCUUCAGACGACCGGCAAUCGACUUUACGUGAAGGCGGUCGGCACUAAACGUAACAUGAACUUUAAACUAAGCUACAGGGAGGUGAGCAUGAAUUGCGGAGGAGAGUUCAUAUUGACCAACAAACAGAAAAGCUGGGAGAUACGCACGCCGAAUUAUCCCAACAUCCCACCGCCGUAUUCGGAAUGUGUCUGGACAGCGAUCGCACCCAACAGGGAGAGGAUAACCAUUCACUUCGUCGAAAGAUUCGAUCUAGCGUCCACCACCAACUGCGAGCGGGAGUACGUCGAGAUAAGGGACGGUGGGACGGAAAGUUCGAAAGUCCUCGGAAAAUUCUGCAAGGAUGUGGCGCCGAGUAGCAUAACCAGCACCGGAAAUAUGAUGUAUGUCCACUACUACACGGACAUUCCCGAACCGGCGAAUGGCUUCGAAGCUGUCUUCAGCGUUGGAGAGGUAUGCGGCGGAAUAAUCAGAGGAACCACAGGCGUCGUGACUUCUCCCAACUAUCCAUUCUUUUACCCGAAGAAUCAAACUUGCGUCUGGUGGAUAAUCGCACCGGCUGAUCACACCAUACAGUUCAAGUUCUUGGACAUGCAUCUUCCAUCCGGUUUCCGCACCUGCAAGAAUACCGACUACGUGAUCAUCAGCGAGAGAAUUCCGGAUAACGAGACGAUUACCCCGAUCGGAACGUACUGUGGUCUCACGAUACCUGAGCCAUUCGAAACAGCCGCUAACGAGGCUCUGGUAACGUUCAACAGCGACAACUUCGAUUACAUCACCUACAAGGGAUUCAGUCUGAAGUUCGAGUCCACUCAAGAAGUUUGUGGCGGCGAAUUCACUGCGAUGCAAGGCACCAUCAAGUCGCAUGGAUAUCCCAACGUCGCGACACGUUCAAGAUACUGCGAUUGGAGGAUCAAACUUCCGAAGGGUUACCAGGUGGUGGUGGAUAUAUUGGAUUUGGACAUUACCAACGCGUUCCCUGAUCGCAUAAGAAUCGGCUAUUCUCUUGUCUUCUACAACGAUUUCCGUUUCAAAUCGAUGAUAAAAGCGGUGCGACAAAACGGGACCCUAGAACGAGUCAGAAGCUCCAGUAACACUAUGAUGAUCGGUUACUCAUCGUCCGUUGGAAGUCGUGGUUUCAAACUGCGUUACUACGCUUCCAUACCUGCUCCUUGCGGAGACGAGAUAAAACAGAUGAACGGCACCCUGUCUGCCCCAAAGACUGCACCCUUCAACGAGUCGUCCUACUUCUGCCAGUGGAGCAUAGAAGCACCCGAGAGUUUAGUGAACAACACCAACAACACCGGAGUAACGUUGUCGGUGAAGGUAACUGGCCUAAUAGGCGGGCUACGUGACUCCGUUUUCACGAAACACUGUUACUAUCAUCAGUACAUCUCGCUGACUGGUGUUGGGAUGAUCUGCGGAAACUUUUCGGAACCAGCGUACCUGAGGAGUCCAAUGCCCGUCAACGAGCUGAUCAUCCUGAACGGUACCUACGGUAAAAAAAUGGACUUCAAUCUGACGUACGAAUGGCAGCCCUGUGGCGGUAUUUUGCAAGGUUUAACACACGUCGUGAGCGUUCCGAAGAACAUAUCCUUCCCCAUUAAUUGCGCCUGGCACGUCAAUUACCCCGACACCGGGGAAAUGAUAAAGUUACACUUCACCAGGUUCCACUUGGCCAGCUGCGAGAGCAACUACAUCGUUAUCAGAAACGGAGGACCGUUCGCGCCAGAAAUGGCUCGAUUCUGCGGGGCCGAGCAGCCGUUCAACAUAACAGGCACCACGAAUAAAUUGUGGAUCGAGUACAUGGCUGUCAAAGAGCCGAACGAUUUCGAGUUCGUUCUGGAGCCGUCGAACAACGGGUGCGGUGGUUCUUUACGCGGUAACAGUCGAGAGAUCUCGUCGCCCAAGUUCCCGUCGCAAUAUCCCAACAACGCUGAAUGCUCCUGGGUAAUAAACGCAGAUAGCGGCUACCACAUCGGCCUGGUGUUCGUCGAUCGUUUUAAUUUAGAAAGCAGCGCGAAAUGCGAGAAGGAUUACGUGCAGGUACUCGACUGGGUGAAAGACGUGAACAAAACCGAGGGCGGAACGUGGAAAGAACUCGGUAAAGUGUGCGGCAGAAACACACCGUCGCCGUUUAAUUCGACGAGCAAUCGUAUGAAGGUGGUUUUCCGUUCGAACGAGGCGGUUCAAGGAGACGGUUUCCGUGCGAUUUGGGACAAAAAUUGCGGCGGUGUGUUCGAAGUAACAGAUAAAACCAAGACCAUCCAAUCGCCGGCGUAUCCAAAUCUCUAUCCGCCGAGCGUGUUCUGCAAUUACACUCUCGUCGCCCCGAACAAGGAAAUCAUCGUCGACUUCACGGCGUUCCAGCUCGAGCGCAGCCGCAGAGACUGCCGGUUCGAUAAUCUGACGAUCAAAGUGGAGCUGAUGUACUCGUCGCGAGAGGACACGUACUGCGGAGAGGAUAUGCCACCUGCGGUUAAAUACCGCAAUAGGAUUGAGAUCAUUUUUAAGACUGACAAAUAUGUGCAACGGAGCGGGUUCUCCUUCAACUACUUCCUUAGUGAUUGUGGCGGAACGAUUACCCAACCAGGGGAAAUAAAACCCUUAAUGCACGGCAACGAGUAUAUAGGAGGCAUUGACUGCACGUGGCAAAUUUAUGCACCUCCGGACAAGAAUAUCGUGCUUCGAUUUGAACACUUCGUGUUUGACUACAAUUACAGAUGCAUGUUGAACAAUGUAAGAGUUUACAACGGUAACAGUACGGAUUCUGAAAAUAAAUUAGUUACAUUGUGCGGAGAUCUGUCGGAUAACUUGCCUGUCAUCAAGUCCACGACCAAUGCCAUGGCUGUCGAGUGCACAACCUCCAAAUACGACCAGAACUACGGUUUCAGCGCAAAGGUGCUAUUCGUGAAGAGUGCCGCAGCAGGUUGCGGCGGAGAUAUAAGCUUGACUUCUACCACUCAAUUCAAAACUCAAAAAGGUUCGACUUACGAGAGUCUGGAGGAUUGUCACUGGAAAGUAAUAGCGCCGGAUGGAAAGAGCAUUAAAUUCACUAUCAGCAGCAUAGAUGUUAGAAACGCUACGAAUUCCACCGGGGACAAAUGCAGCGGUGAUUAUCUCGAGGUUCGCGAUGGCGAAGGACCAUUCUCCGAAUUGAUUGGCAUAUAUUGCAGCAGUCAAGUUCCACUCCCUAUUAUGUCCACUGCGAACAAACUUUGGAUACGGUUUUACAGCGAUGGCACCUUGGAAGGCGCUGGAAUUACCGGAAAAUUGGAGACCAUCAAUGCGCUGUGUGCUUUGACUCCUGUGUUAACAAACGACACGAAUUAUAUACUGACCUCCCCGAAUUAUCCGAAUCCUCCUCCACCGGGAUCGAAAUGUAAAUGGAUGUUACGGAGCGAGAAAAUGAACAGCGAUAGAAUCAGAGUACGGUUCCUCGAUUUCGAUCUGCCCGAGUCGAGCUCCUGCGACCACGAUUACCUUCAGAUUACAGAUUCCAUGAAUCGAAAGUACAUCGAUGAGGGCUUCGGGGAGAAUCUUGUGUGGUUCGGCAGUAAGGAUCAUCCUUCUUAUUUCGAGGAUACCCAUUCGCCCACCACUUCCCAUAAAUAUUGCGGUAGCACGCUGCCUCACGAUUACUACAGUUAUAGCUCGGAACUCGAGGUGAAGUUCCAAAUAGACAGCACCCAUCACAGAGGCUUCAAACUCGAAUACGGUAGUUCAUCCUGCGAUCGAAAUUACACUGCCGAACAGGGCCGAAUAAUUCACGAGGGCAUCACUGCUUGUUGGAUCACGAUCACGGCUCCGGCUAAUCAUACAAUUUCCUUGUAUUUCAACAAGUUUAGGCUCUACGAUCCGAACGAAUGCGCACAAUCCGCCUUGCAAGUGUUUGACGGCGACUUCAACGGCAAGCUGAUAGCAUCACUAUGCUCUUUGGAAACGCCGAGUCCUAUUUUCAGCACUGGAAACAAGUUGAGCUUGCGUUCUUGGACCGAGUGGCACACCAGCUAUGAAUUCUACGAUAUCACAUUCACGUCUACUAGUGAAGGUCGUGGAUGCGGUGGUAAACUGUAUAAUUAUGCCGGGUCGUUCUCGUCGCCCCUGUACCCGAACGAGUAUCGCAACAACACGGUAUGCACCUGGGACAUUAGCGUGCCACGUGGCAUGAAAGUGGUACUGGAGUUCCCUGUGUUCGACAUAGGCGCGAACAACAAUUGUUUCGGCUACAAUACCUUGGAUAUAUACGACAUCGAUUCGGACGGAGACGAAAUGAUGGCGCGCUCCUACUGCGGAGGGGAUCAGCCAUCGUCCUUCGAAGCAGCAUCCGAACGAGUCAUCGUGAAGUACAUCUCGUCAAUGAACAACGUUGGAACCGGUUGGACCGCGACAUUCAAGGCUGUACCUCUUUGAGUCAAAGACAUUG